AUGGCACUUAGUCAAGCAGCAGCUCUCCUCGAAAAGGUCAUCGGUCAUGAUACCAAUGCAACCACCGAACAAGACAUCACCAACCCAGCACGAGAUCGCCAAAAGUAUGCGGAUCCAAGUGGUGAGACCAUGAAGGCUUUAUGUUGGAUGGGAAAGAAUACUGUGAAGAUACUGGAAGUACCAAAACCCAGAGUAGUCGAAGACAGAGAUGUGAUUCUCAAAGUCACGGGUAGCACGGUCUGUGGAAGUGAUCUGCAUUUACUUCACGGCUCGGUUGUGGAAAUGGAAAAGGGGGAUAUUCUAGGUCAUGAAUUUUGUGGCGAGGUGGAAUCGAUGGGGAAGGGUGUGAAGGGUUUGAAGAAAGGUGAUCGUGUGGUGGCUAGUUUUCAAAUUGCGUGUGGCGAUUGUUACUAUUGUCAGAAGAAACAAUCUUCGCAGUGUGAAAAGACAAAUAGUAAUACGAUUGAGAAUGGAAUGUAUGGUGGGAGAACGGCGGGGAUGUUUGGUUAUUCGCAUUUUACGGGUGGUUUUGCCGGUGGUCAGGCGGAGUAUGUUCGUGUUCCUUUUGGAGAUGUCAAUCUUCUUAAGCUUCCACCCAAUGUCCCAGAUGAAAAGGGUCUUUUCUUAUCAGAUGUUCUCUGUACAUCGUGGAAUUGCGUCGUGGAUACCGGCGUCGAAAAGGGAGAUGUAGUGGCUAUUUGGGGCCCCAUCGGACAAAUGUGCGCCUCGUUCGCAUUCAUGAACGGCGCAUCACGCGUCAUCAUGAUCGACAGCAACUGGCGCUUAGAAUUCGUACAAUCCAAGAUCCCCGAAGUCGAACUCCUCGAUUUCAGCAAACUCCCCCGCGGAACCUCCGUCACCUCCAAACUCAAAGAGAUGGUUCCGCGCGGACCCGAUGUUGCCCUCGAAUGCGUGGCCGGCGAAUACGCCAAGGGCUGGGCUCAUUAUUUUGAGAUGAUGCUGGGUAUGGAAACCGAUACGUCGGAACUGGUCAACGAGAUGAUUACUUCGGUCAGGAAUUUUGGAAGAUGCGGUAUCACGGGUGUCUAUGUGGGUUUUACUAAUCACUUCAAUAUUGGAAGUUUAAUGGAGCGCGGGGUUCGUCUGAUUGGUAACGGUCAGGCUCCGGUACAUAUGUAUUGGGAGAAACUUCUCGAGAUGAUUGAGAAGGAGGAAAUUGAUCCGCUGCAAAUGGUUACGCAUCGGGUUUCGCUGGAUGAACUUGAUGAUGUUUAUUAUAUGUUUGAGAAGAAGGAGGAUGGCAUGCAGAAGGUUUUCGUGCAGACAAAGUUUUCGGCGCCACCGGCUCUGGGUAGUCCAAGUUUGACGACGUAUAAGAAAUGA